AUGACAUCGCUACGGCGCUCAUCACGGCUGAAGGGCGCUGUCGCAGACGAGGGUGUUGCCGCAAACGACGCGCUGGCAACUGACACGGCAUCGUCCAUUCCUGCAGUACCUCGAGCGCGCAAACGAAAGUCCGUGGCUAUGACGUUCGCAGAGCCGGAGCCUGCUGCAUCGCCAGCACGCCCGUCGACACCACCGCCGCCAGAAUCACCCCGAAAACGCCGUGGGCGGCCUUCAUCGACAAAAGAUAAUACGACUAACGCCUCGGUGACCAGCACUGCCACCGACAGUCCAUCUACGCCCAGGACAAAACCGCGACACGCAACAGUGUCCCGUUUGGCUGACCCGAAGGCUACAAAUGCGCCCCUGCUAUCGCCAGAGACGUCGCGCCUGAUAGUGGUGUCCCGCUUCGACUCCAAAUCACGAUCGCUGGCGGCCGGAGAGGCGAUCGACGACAGCCAGCAGAUCACGACAGACAACAUUCUACAAGUGGCGUGCGAGCACCUAAUCGCGGUAGACCCACGAAUGAAGCCGCUGAUCGAUAUGCAUUACUGUGCCGCUUUCAGUCCCGAAAGCCUGGCCAAGAAAGUGGACCCGUUCGAGUCUCUAGCCAGCAGCAUCAUCAGCCAGCAGGUAUCCGGAGCGGCAGCCAAGGCGAUCAAGGGACGGUUCAUUGCCCUUUUUAGUGAUCCAGGCGGAACCGGCGGCGAGGCCGAGGUGGCGGUCCCCGUCCGCUUUCCCCACCCCUCCCAGGUGGCUGUGAUGCCCCUGGAUCGACUGCGGACGGCGGGCCUGUCACAACGCAAGGCCGAAUACGUGCAGGGACUCGCGGAGAAAUUUGCUUCGGGCGAAUUAUCGGCACAAUUGCUGGCAGAGGCGCCGUACGAGACGCUCGUAGAGCGUCUGGUGGCCGUUCGGGGCCUGGGCCUGUGGAGCGUGGAGAUGUUUGCCAUGUUCGGCCUGAAGCGGAUGGACGUCUUCAGCGUGGGCGACCUGGGCGUGCAGCGGGGUAUGGCAGCGUUCGCUGGGCGUAACGUGGCCAAGUUGAAGAGCGGCAAAGGUAAGUGGAAAUACAUGAAGGACACGGAGAUGCAAACCAUCGCCGAGCCGUUCCGGCCGUACCGAAGUGUGUUUAUGUGGUACAUGUGGAGGACUGAGAUGACAGACGUGAGCACGCUGGAGUCGUGA